AUGGAACUCCAAUUCACAGACCCGAACCUAGAGGCUGAUGUCUAUAAUAAUGCACAUUACAGCGCCGAAUCAUGCGGCCUUUGCAGAUUUGAUUUCUCUGAGGGUGAUGAGAUCAUUUCAUGCAAGGAUCGCGAGAGGGUACCGAAGCUCAGGCGAGGCACCUACCGAUUCUUAGGUAGGUAUUUGGUACCUUAUCAUCUCGAAUGUUUCGAGAUUGUCGGUCGUCAGUCGUACCACAGCGUAGCUGCCGCCACCUGGCCUGGCAUCGAGUAUGAGGGGCCGCAUCAUCUGGCAGGCCGUCGCCGCCUCUGGCUAGAGAACACGUUUGCACAGAACCUUCUCCGGGCACUUCGCGCGCGCCUCUCUCAGGAUAUUUGCCAACAGAUUGCCACCUACUUUCCUCGCGAACAUGCCAUGCAAGCCUUUCAACAACUGUGGUCAAAGGACCGUCCACGCCAACCAAGGAAUAUCUCAGUUCCCGUCCACUGCGGUGUGACAUUAUGGGCUCAGUAUGUUCACUACGAAGGGAACCGAUACAUUGAGUCGUUUUCGCAUGAUUCGCGUGGUGGCGACGAGGAAGUUGUUCUUAAAUGGGAACCGAAAGCCAAGAAGGUGCCUAAUAUAUUCAUCCGUCAUAGUGGCCUGGGGGCCAGCAAGAUUAUCGUCACCGAGGGUAGUGAAGUUCCUGACGGUAUCAAGAUUCGGUGCUUGAGUAUUGUCAAGUCUCCAGACAGCCUUGUGGAGUUCCAGAUCGGUGGCCCUUGUGAGAUACGAUGGGCUGUACCGGCCGCACCAGUCAAGCACUCGCCGAAAAUCCCACUUUCGACUCAUUUUGAAUCCCAAUUCGUACGGGCCUUCGAUUGGAAUAAGCCUGGAACAGUGGGUUAUUCUUUCUUUGUGUUAGGGAGUGUCAUUCUUCACAUCAAUUCGCACCAGGCUGGACCGCCAGCAGCCCCUGAGGAAUACGAUCGAUUUGCGUACGACGGUGAGAGAUACAGACGGCUCUAUCUUGCCAUGAGCCCUGGUGAGAGUGUCUCAGAGCUCUGGCUCCGUUCCGGCCGUAUCAAUCGCGCACUCAUCGUCGUCACGAACUUUGGCCGCAGCCUCGUUGUUGGUACCGAUCUCGUGCACCCCCAUAUGAAAUACCAUGUCAUUGCCAGGCUGCGUGAAAACAAGCCCUGUCGCAUGUUUUACGCAGAGACAAUUGAAUGUCACAUCGCCUGGCUUCACUUCGAUUCCGUAUCCACAUGGAGACACCCAGAAGAGCGUCAGAUUCAACCUACCCAGGAAACUUGCGUUCACCGGGGCUAUCGUACAUCAGCAAGACUCCGCGAUGUCAGAGAGGUUACGCCUUGUGUAUUUCGGACUCCAUUGUCCUUGAGCAUGGGCGAAAAGAUCACAGGUCUACUACUCUCUUACACUGACGGCAGUCGAAGCUCUGUUGGGAGAGUUCGCCCCGACAGACUGGGAACACCCAAGGCUGCGACUUCAGAUACAAUGUUCCUACAGUACCAAAGCAGAUCUGGGGGAUUUCCCGAGUCGGACGGACAUCUACUGGAAUCUGGACUAGACUGGUUCGGAUUUUCAGAGCCACCAUCAGGUGCUUCUUCCAAUGAGGGAAGCGAUAACGCCGAUGGCGAAUCUCACGAAAUUAAAUACAACUCCCAAUCCGGAGACGACUCUGGUGAGGAAAGUGACUCAGACGAGCCUGUCAUAAGUACAACCACCAUUGCAGUACCUAUGAGAGGACGCAUUGACUGGAUAUUGAGAGAUUCUGACGAAAUCUACGCACUGUCGUAUCACAAAAACAGUUCCCCAAAAGACACGAUGCACCACGUCCUUGCAGAGGAUGCUACUAUGCCCAGACAGGAAUCUGUCACUAAAUCACUGACCGUACUGGUUGGGAUUAUUGCUCCAUUGUUUCUUACUCAAGCUUACGAAACAGCUGAAAGCACUGGCAACUAUGACAUCUUCGGGCUUUGA